GGCGCUCUCACCCAAGAGUUUCACAUGGGAGAUGAUGCUCCGCGCGAAAUGAAAACGAGUGCCAAUUUGGUAAAACCAACAUUAAUUGAUUGAUUAAAUGAAUUGACUUUAUACGACGCAUGGAGGCUAACGUGUAGGAUUGGUAUUUAUUUUGACUUUAUUCUCGCGCUCAGCGAACUUCUACAAUUGAGAUGACUUAAGUAAAGUCGAAUGACUUGCUGCCUGGCCAGGGAAGUGCUGUACAGUGGGCUUGAACAUUACUCAGCGCUUUGGUUAUAUCACAGAGAACAGCAGGAAAGAAAGGUCACUCUGUCGGUUUGUUGUCAAAUUGCAUUUUGCCGAUUUGCUUUGGAUUUGCGUGGCAAACAGGUGGAUCAAGUGGAUCAGCCGCCAUACAGGACACAGUGUGGUCUUGCUGUGCAUGCAGUUGAAUUGUAUCGUUAUGGCAUCGGACGCAAGCCAUAUGCUUGAGGCUGCCUUGGAGCAGAUGGAUGAUAUCAUUGCAGGCUCUAAGGCUGUCGCAGAGCUGAGUAACGGCCUGUAUGACCUGGGAUCGCCAGUCAGCUCGGCUCCCCUGCAGGUGCUGCAGCUGGCUGAAGACCUGAGGCUGGCCCUGGAGCUGCAGGCCUGUGAUGGGGAGAGGGAGACGCUGCGCUCACAGCUGCCCUGCGCCACAGCACACCUCCUCAUCGACUGGCUACAGAAAGGCUCGAUAAACCUCCAGUCACCCCCCAACAAUGAAACCUGUCAAGAGCGGCUGGCACGCUUAGAAGGGGAUAAACAGUCUUUGGUUCUUCAGGUGAGUGUGCUCACGGACCAGGUGGAGGCACAGGGGGAGAAGAUUCGGGACCUGGAGUGCUCACUUGAAGAGCACCACCACAAGCUUGUCUCCACUGAGGAAAUGCUACAACAGGAGUUGCUGAGCCGGACUUCUUUGGAGACGCAGAAACUGGAUCUCAUGGAUGAGGUUUCCUAUCUGAAACUGAAGCUGGUGGGCAUGGAGGAGGAACCGCAGAGCCCGGCCAACGGCGACGACAGGCAGCACAAAGCCGAGUCUGUGGUAAAUCUGAUUAGCGAGCUUCAGGAGCAGAUGUGUAAGUUUCAGGAGGAGAUCAGUACUCGCAUCCAGGAGAAGCGGGCUCUGGAGGGCCAGGGGAAUGCUGGCGCCCGUGAGCCCCACAGCCAGAGCCCCAGCCUUGGCCUGCUGGGCAGCCCUGACCCCGACGACUGCUGUCACUGUAGAGGAGAGAACGCUGGCCGCUGCGCUGCCCUGGUGCAGGAGCUGCGUCUGCUCAAGUUUAAAGUGGACGAGCUGGAGGGGGAGAAGAGCCAGUACGAGAGGAAGCUGAAGGCCACUAAGACGGAGAUUUCGGAGCUGAAGCAGCUCCUGGCCUCCAAGGACUCGGAGAUCGAGUGCCUGCAGAGCCAGCUGAUGGCCCGUGGAAUGCUGGGCAACGACGUCACGGAGAGAGAGGAUGUGUACAGGAGAAAGCUGAAAGACAAAUAUCAAGAGCUCCAGCGUCUGAAAAUAGGAAUGGAAUCCCUGUUAGCUGCCAAUGACGAGAAGGACCGCCAUAUUGACGAGCUCACCACUCUCUUGGGUCAGUACCGCAAGAUGAAGGAUGUGAUGGCCCUCUCACAAGUGUCCAAUGACAAGCUGCUGUGUGGGAGCAGCGAGGAGGAGCUGAGUGGGAGUCUGAAGAUGAGGGCCCUGACGCACAAAGCUCACUCGGACAUCAUGAGAUCGGAGAUGUCCUCCAGAGGCUCGUCUCCCCUGCUGGUCUCUCCCAUGUGCCUCCAGAAGGACAUGGACUCCAGCUGCCGUAGCUUCCAGAUGGCCAUGGAAUCCACAAUAUCACCUAGCAGCAUUAGCUACCACAACGGACAGUGGCAAGUCGAUCGGCCACGGCUCCUGUCCUCCAGUCUGGAAGAGCUGCAGAGCGGAUCUGUACACAAGCAUGUUGUGGGGCAGCCAAUAGAACCUGUUCUGCAGAACCAGCAUGCAGAUAAUAACAAAUACCGGACUCUGCCGGGCAAGCUGUCCAGACGGAAUGCAGAACAGAAUGGAGAGAGAGAGAAGUACUCUUCACCUCUGCAGCUGUCCCCGGACGAGAGUGAGGACAGCCAGUUCAACCUCAGCUCAAGGGGAAGGCUUGAUCUUUUCGGAGCCGGAAAGACAGAGAGGGCGGAUGACUCAACGCUGUCUGACCUCUCCCCCCUGUCAUCUGGAAGGGACUCGGGCCAGCAGUCGCCUGUCUCCCCAGAACACAGGAAAACACAGAGGGGCAUCAAGAAGCUGUGGGGGAAGAUCCGCAGGUCGCAGUCGGGAAGCCUGCCCGCGGGCGAGCCCGAGUCGGCCGAGUUCCGCAGAGGAGGCAUGAGAGCCACGGCUGGUCCGCGACUGGCCAACGCAGGACAGGCGGCACGCGACACGAACACGCCAUUCUCCAAGUGGAGCCCGGAGCAGGUGUGCAGCUGGCUGGAGGACUCCGGUCUCGGG